CUUCAUACAUCCCUUGGAAUAAACAAGGAAGUACUCGUUAUUGUACAAUCUGUCAACUCCUGGCUCAAUGCUGUCAGUUUAAUUAAAAAUAAUAAUAAUAAUACAUAUUUUGCAUUUAAACAGCAAUGACCCAAGAUACUGCUGUGUGCAAAUUGAUUUAGAAAAUUAUCGACAUACCGCCACCGUUGGGGGAGGAACAUAUGGCUUGGUUAUCAUCAACUUUGGUGCUGUGCUGCUUAACAGUAACGUUAGGCCUACAUGUAAUUCAAAUUGAUGCAACAGCGAAAAUGAGAGGGAUGAAGUCAACUCAUAAUUUAGACUACGACGAGCGUGAAUUCUCACCGUCUACAUUUGCGCAUAGCACCAUCAACUUCAGAUCCAAAAUAACUCCUCAACAAGUCACGGUAUUGGAGCCAGGUAACACAGCUCCAGCUUUCAAAGUGGUAACCCUUGAUGGAGAAUUCGUUUACCCGCCACUUGCAGGGUUGAAAGGGCCAUUGAUAAUUCAUGCUUUUACCAACAAGUCUGCCUUUUUGGAGUGCCUGUGGAACUCCGAGUCGUCAUUAACCGACUUGGUCCAGAACCUACCCGAUAGCACCCAAGUCCUCUUCGUGUCUCUUGAUGACAGCUCUGUCAACGAUGCCUUAUGGAUGAGAGAUCAAGUCCUUCGUGUAGCAUCGCAUAGAAAGAAAGAGGUUUUGUCCAGAUUGCACUUCUCCCCUGUUCCUGUAUUUUGUUUGGGGAACUGGAUUCCCAGUGUGCUGUACUCUUGGGGUUGUUCCGGACACAACUGUGGCCUCUCUCAGGCAGUUUUUACAUCUACAGGGUGGAAUAUGCCGGUGAUUGUCAAGAGACUUGAUGCGCGAUACGAUUGGCUGAUGGGCUCCUGGAGCCAGAUGAAACACCAGUUGAUUGAUGCAGGCAAUGGAUGUGAGCCCGCCCCCUCCGCUGCAGGUGCUGUUGCCUGGGUUUCCGAGGGCAACUGCUCCUUUUUCACCAAGGUGAAGAACAUGGCCAAGUCCAAUGCCACGGGUGUCCUUGUCCAUGCAGGUCCUGGAAACCCGAUCCAGGAUAUGAACUGUGUGGGAGAUGAAUGUUCUACGCCACUAGGCAUACCUGCUGCCAUGGUGCAUUGCGAGCCCUCGGUAGCCCAGGCCCUUAGAUAUGGGCACAUGGUGAACGUGUCCUUUCAGAGUACCCCCUCUCCAAACUUCUUCAUUGGCAUUGACCAGCAGGGGGCACUGUCUGAGAUGGGCUGGUUCCUCUACCCCUCCUUUAAGUUUAUCAACUGGCAAGCCCAGUGGUUUGAUUUCUAUGAAGGGCUUCAGACUAGACUCCGUGACCCAGCCUGGGUGGUCCCUGUGUUUGAGAAGGUCCAGAUGCAAGGACAGAGUGGAGCAGUAGCCACUGUGAACCUGCCUUCUGACAUGUUGGAUUUUGACAUACUGGAGCUGGACGCGUCUCUGUCCUGUCCCAGCGAGAGGGAUGACUCCUGCGCCCACUGGGACCACACUGUGCAGCUGUUUGUGUGCUGUGACCAUUUCAGUCCCCACUGCAACAUGGAGAUGGGGCGCUGGAUAACAGCCUUCCGCAGAGGCAUUGGGCGCUGGCUCACUGAUGUUUCUCCUCUGGUGCCUCUGUUGGACAAUGGGAGAUGUACCUUCACCAUGAAGACUGUGCCUUGGGCCAUGCCCUGGGUGGUGUCUCUGAGUCUGAGAUUCAGCCACACAAAUCACUCAACCAAUCACUCAGACAAGCUUUACCCCUUUAAGCUGAUGUCAUUGUACAGUGGAGGCACCUUUGACAAGGAAUACAACAAGAGAUACCAACCAAUCAAAUUCACUGUCCCAGACUCAACAAAAAAGGUGGAGUUGUAUGCCGUAAUCACAGGCCACGGGAGCGACGAGAACGGCUGCUGCGAGUUCUGUGUGACAUCACACCACUUCCUCGUCAACGGAGCAUUCAAUAACACCCGUAUUUUUGACUCGGCAGGUUCAGCCCUGGGGUGUGCCAUGCGGGUGGGAGAGGGGGCGGUGCCCAACGAGCAUGGCACUUGGCUGUACGGCCGUGGAGGCUGGUGUGAUGGGCUACAGGUCAACCCCUGGAGGUUUGACAUCACCACACAGCUGGACAUGAGUGGGAUUGAAGCCAAUACUCUGCUCUACUUUGGCCUUUACAGUGGACAGGACCCCAAUCCGUCUCACGACCCUGGCUACAUUGUCAUGUUCUCUUAUCUGGUGUUCUACAAGUAGUCUCCCUGACAACCAGGUUGUCUUGAAUGUGAAUUGUAAUGACUGUGAUUAAUGCGACUGAGAACCAAUCAUGAUAAAAAUAUUUAUUUUUAUCCAGUAAUAUUGUAGCCUAUUCUAUGUUUGGGUGUGUCACCAACUUGCACUGUUUUCCCACUCAAGAGUUUUCACUCAAGUUCGAUACAAAGAAGACGUCAUCUUGAAUAGCUCAUUUUGCUCUUCAGAAAAGUUGAAGGAGUUAUUGCUAUCUUGCUACUUAACCUGGUCAAGUAUGUGUAAUUACACAAACUUCGCUUUUAGUGUCAAACUUAAACUUUCAGGUGACGACAAGACACUUUUCCUGACGCAAGAUCAACCACUCUCUGAUCCUUCAAUUAUUCAAGUAUCUCUUUUUGAACGGUUUACCUGCGAAAGGUUAGAGGAGUGGGGGUUGGUUACAUUUGCCACCACAGACACAACUGCAUUAAACGGUGUAAUAUUUCUUAAAAUGUGAAAAUAUAUCUGGAUGUUCAAAU